GGUCUUUGACAUCUGACAUUUUACAGUGUUCUUUUCACGGAAACGGUUAAAGACAUUCGCUUUCUCUUCAACCGAAGUAAACGUGAGUGCAAUGAUUGCCAAGUACCAUUUUUUUUUUAUUGCCGCGAAACACAACUCUGUCCAAGAAAACGAGAACAGCGUUUUUUUCACCUUGUAUACUAGCGAGAAAGGAAAUUUCAUGUGGCUGGAUUGCAUAAGCAACAUUUAAAUUACUUAAGAUUGGAUUGACACCGGAAUCACUAAUUUUCAAAGUCAGGUCCGCCGGCAUCAAAGACGGGAAAGAAUCAAGCAACAUCCAUUAUCAAUAUCUCGGCUGGGAAGAGAUAACACAUUUGUGCAGCAAGAAAAAAGGAUUUUAAAAGCUGGUUGGCGAUAAGAUUUGUGUGUUAGCAACAAAUAUAACAGAUAGCAACUUGGCCGUCAGAACCUUACAACAUGGAUUGAAUGAGGCGCAGAGAUUCGUCGCUUUUAAACUCCUCUACAAAGAGAAAAAGUCAGAAUCAAUUAUUCCUCAGCAACGUUUGUAGUCAGUAUACAAAGAAGCCGCUAAAGCAUUUAUUAAUUUGUUACUAGAAAAUUGCUGUGCUUUGCUCUGUUCUUGACAAAAUUACUUUUCCCAGUUAGUAGGCGUUUGUUUGUUUAUUUGCGGCAAACAAAUUGAAAUCUACUUAUAACUUCUGCAGAGGUUGCGGCAGACAACAGUUAAGAAGGUCUCCAUUAUAUUAGUCAAAAUUCACUUCUUUCGAAGCGAAAGGAAGCUUGAAGAGCCUUUUAGCGGCGAGCCCACUUGCCGUGAAAUUUUGUUUGUACAGCUGAAACAUUAUAGAUAAGGUCAACAAACGAGAAUCGAUCAUAAGCCACAGUCGAGAAUUACGAGUAGAAUUUCAGGCAAGGUCUUCAACGGCUGAGUCAUAAUUUAACCGGCUAAAAAAAAUCGGCUCUAAGAAAUCGCCUGAACUUUACCACGUAGCGAGGAAAAUAUGCAAGGGACAAACAGUUCAGAUGUUCUCCUCGUUCCAUCUUCGGGGCCGACAAAAACCGAAGCUGGCCCGAACCUAUCCGAAAACGUUGCGCUUCAUUCGAUUCCAUUGGCUUUUCUGAUUGUGUUUACAAUUUUUGGAAAUAUUCUGGUUUGUGCUGCGUUCUAUCUCUGCCGAGAACUACGGAAUGUGACGAACUACUUUGUCGUGUCGCUGGCUGUUGCGGACCUCCUGGUUGGGUUUGUUUGUAUGCCGUUUUGGUUCACCUACCUUAUCAAACAAUGGCCUGAUCCGAAACGAAAUCACGAGUUUUAUACAUUGUGGAUUUGCUUGGAUAUUGUAAGCGGUACGUCGUCAAUAAUGAACCUGGUAGCGAUAAGCGUGGAUCGUUUUUACGCCAUCACAUCUCCAUUCAACUACCACUUAAAACUGACCAAGAACCGCGCGCGUUUCUGUAUAGUCUUGGUAUGGUUGUAUUCUCUUAUUGUUGCGGGUCUACACAUUCAGAGAAGGGGAGAUUGGUACGCAUAUUUUGUUGCGUGUGCAAGCUUCUUUCUACCUCUGCCGGUACUUGUCUAUUCCUAUGCAAGAAUAUUUCGCGUUGCUCACGUCCAGGCCUUGAAAAUGCGCGCGGAGAACUAUGGUCACGAGUUGUCUGAGUUUGAUGUGGAAAAAAACGGCGAUACGACGGAAACAGCGGCCUUUGUGAAUACCAAGCCUAGAGCCUCUUACAGUAUGAGACCGCGAAGCUCUUCCACUGCAAGUCGCUUCAUUUUUCACAAAGUGCGCCCGCGCUUGACCAGUCAGAGUUCUGUGCGUCAAAUGCGUCGUGUACUCCACACUGAUUUGAAAGCCGCUAAAACGCUCGCGAUAGUAAUGGGCGCGUUCCUCGCGUGUUGGUCUCCUUACAUCAUCAGCAUGUUGGUGACAGUUUCUUGCAAAACCUGCAUCCCCUCGGAGACGAACUUUCAGAUCGCGAAAGCUGUCAAGUGGCUGCAUUAUUCCAAUUCAGCGGUAAACCCAAUCAUCUAUACGCUGCUUAACCGACACUUCCGAGCAGCGUUCCGAAGGAUUCUCUGUCGGUACGUGUCAACCCGAAGAUUCUCGUACUUUGGUCGGUUGCUGUCGCACAGUACGCCGAGAAGUAGCAGCCGAAGCAGCGCAAACACUGUAGCUGAUUUAGACAAAGCUAAUUCCAAGAGCGAGGUGGAAAUUCUGGUUUGCACUGAAGUUGUCACAGUUGUUUAAAUUUUAGUUGGGGUCGAGUGAACAAUUUACCAAUUUUGACAAAUCUUCGCUGCAUCGCUUGUGGAGUUUCCGAUGUAUAUUCUCCAAUCAACGAAUAGCACGAGUUCUCUCGAGUGUUCUGAAGAUUUUACGUCAACAUGUGUCAUGUGGGAGGCGCGGUGGCCUCGUGGUUAGUGCGCUCGUCUCCGGAUCGAGCGGUCCGGGUUCGAGCCCU